UUUUUCUUUUUCUUUUUCUUUUUCUUUUUUUUUUUUUUCCUUUUCUUCCCGUCGCGCCUUUUCCUCCUGCCAUUCCGAGUAAUUCUCCAGUUCCCUCCUACUGGGAAGAGUAAUUCCCAUUCUCCAUAUCUAUCAUUCCACUCUCCCCAUCACGGUUACCCGCCCUUUUUGACACUUGCACUAUUAUUCAUCGCUUUAUCCCGUCUUCCUCUCUCAUUCGCUGAAGUGCUUUAUAUUGCCGACCCUCUCCGAAUUUAUUGCUCUUUUUUUUUUCUUUCUUUGUUUCCGCCCCCAGCUACAUUAGCAUCCAUUGCGCAUUCCUCACUUUACCAUCCUCCCCCUUACUUUCUGCACUCCACACCUUUCUUGGCUUGACAUUAUCCUGAUUGUCCGCGCAGCUGGCUGCUCGGACUGUUCCAAUGUCGGAGUCACCUCGCCAUGACGAUGCCUCCUAUGAACUUCUAGGCCGCCAGAACAGCUGGGACGGAAAUGACGGCAACGACGAAACCCUCGUCCCGCGCAAUUCGGGCGAGCCAUCCGCCCCCUCCCAUCCUGAAGGCGAACCUCCGGCUGCAACAACAGAAGAAGGCGGCCCCAAUGAAACCACCAGACCCGCGCGCGUUCGAUUUCGCUCCGUCAGUAACCACAAUGAGACGGUGCCGGAACGCCCGCCCAUGCCGCGCGGGGAUUCCGAAUACUCCCUGCGCUCAGUGCAUUCCUUCGUCCCCACGACCGCUCAAUCGACCGAUCUGGCCGACUAUUUCGAACGCGAUUAUGCGCAGGAACAUGAUCCGGAAGAGAGAGAAGGCAACGAAGCAGACAAACGCUCCUCGCCCACCGCCAAUGAAUCUCGAGACACCUCCCUCGACAAAGAUGAGUCGCAACAACCCGUCUCCGCCAGAGACCGCUGGAAGAACGCCAGCAAGUUGCUUCGCCAGAAGACCGUGCUCUUGGGCGAACGCCUCGGUCGACCGCUGGAUGAUGUAGGUGACUUGGGUGCCGCCAUGUUGCCCGAUGAUCUGGAGGGCGGCUAUCCCCCCCGCCGCAGAGGCGAUGAGAAGGAGCCUCUUGCUCCCCAUGGCGGUAAUGACGAGCCACCUCCCCCGCCGAGUGCCGAAGCCCACCGCCUGGUUCGCAGCAUGACCCAACAUAACAUGCAUCAACGCCGGAAGCCCAAGUCGGCCUAUGCCAAGUCGGGACAGGAGACGCCCGAUGGACUGGGUCGUCCGGACUCGUGGUACGGAGCUGGAACUCCGGGUGGUCGCGGCGGCGGUGGUAUCCUCUCGCAGUUGCUCAAAUUACACGCCCAGCAGCAGGCCAACCGGGACAAUAUGUCCAUGACCGACUCAUCCGACAACGAGUCCGUGGCAUCCUCCGGCACCGCAACGCCCCGGAGAGACUUUUCCGCGGGCACUUUCUCCUCCGGAACGGCUACCCCCAAGAAAGAGAAGGUCAAGUGGUACAAGAAGUCGAGUCAUCAGUCCACCGCUUCCCUGGUGGAAGCAUCGAUGAACCUCAGCCGGGCGAGUUUGCCUGCGUCGGCAGACACUCUGGUGAACAUUCCCAACAAGAAAAAGGGCAAGAAGAAGCGCAAGACCCGUCUCGAGGACGAGAUCCGCGUGACGGUGCACAUUGCUGAGAUUCUGGCCCGCCAACGAUACAUCAUGCAGCUCUGCCGAGCGCUCAUGCGCUAUGGUGCGCCCACUCACCGUCUCGAGGAGUACAUGCAGAUGACGGCUCGUGUUCUGGAAGUCGAGGGGCAGUUCUUGUACCUCCCCGGAUGCAUGAUCAUGUCCUUUGACGAUCCGGCCACACGUACGGCCGAGGUCAAGCUGGUCCGUGUGGUGCAGGGAGUCGAUCUGGGUCGCUUGGCAGAAACGCACAAUGUCUACAAGAACGUCGUUCACGACAUGAUCGGGGUGGAGGAGGCCAUUCAGGAGCUUGAUCUGAUCAUGAAGCGGCCUCCACGGUUCAACAAGUGGAUCCUGGUGGUCACCUACGGAUUGGCGAGUGUUGCCGUCGGCCCUUUUGCCUUUGACGCCCGCCCCAUCGAUAUGCCUAUUAUCUUUUUCCUCGGAUGCUUGGUCGGCUUCAUGCAACACGUGCUGGCGCCCCGGUCGGUGCUGUACUCCAACGUGUUUGAAGUCACGGCAGCCAUUUUGACAUCGUUCCUCGCGCGAGCCUUUGGUUCCAUUUAUGCCACCAUCGAUGGGACGCAUGAGCGUCUGUUCUGCUUCUCCGCCUUGGCUCAGUCCUCGAUCGCUUUGAUCCUACCGGGUUUCAUGGUCCUGUGCAGCAGUCUGGAACUGCAGUCGCAUCAGAUGAUUGCCGGUUCAAUCCGCAUGGUCUAUUCCAUUAUCUACUCCAUGUUCCUCGGUUAUGGCAUUACGGUCGGCACUACCAUCUAUGGGCUGAUUGACGGCAACGCGGCCUCGUCCACGACCUGCAAAAACGAGGAUGUGUGGGGAAGCAAGUAUAUCCAGCAUUUCAUCUUCGUUCCGAUCUACGUGAUCUUCUUAGCCAUCAUCAAUCAGGGCAAGUGGAAGCAAGUGCCUGUGAUGAUCGUCAUUGCCGUCUGCGGCUACGUGACCAACUAUUUCAGCACCCUCAAGCUGGGCUCCAACUCCGAGGUGGCCAACACGGUCGGAGCAUUCACUAUCGGUCUUUUGGGUAAUUUGUACAGUCGGCUGUGGCACGGACAUGCCGCCACAGCCAUUCUUCCGGGUAUUUUUGUGCUGGUGCCGUCUGGCUUGGCAUCCAGUGGUUCCUUGCUGGCCGGUAUCGAGUAUGCCGACGAGGUGCGUGACAACUUGCGAUCGGGAAAUACGACAGCGACCGACAGCACUUCAGACUCGUCGAUUGCCAGUCUGGGUUUCGGUAUGAUCCAGGUUGCCAUUGGUAUUACCGUGGGACUGUUCGUGUCUGCCUUGAUCGUCUAUCCCUUCGGCAAGCGUCGCAGUGGUCUGUUCAGUUUCUAGAUUUGACAUUGAUAUUUACAUAUAUACCGAGCGGUUUUGACUUGAUUUGUGUUAUGAUGCGUUGAAUUAUGUAUUUCGGGAUCUUGUGUUGCAUUUGAGCCGGCUUUGCAUAGAUAUGAUUGAUUGAUUCAUUUAUUUAUUGGUUCUCUAUCUCUAUCUCUACUUUUUUAUUUCGGGUCAUUGCAGGGCAAUGUCUAGCCUUGAUACCUUGGUUUGCUGGAUAGAUAAAAUA